AUGACAUCAUCAGAACAAUUGAAAAAAAUUACAGUUAUUGGUUCUGGUAAUUGGGGAACUACAAUUGCUAUUCAUAUUGGUGAAAAAGUUCGUGAAUUAAAAGAUAAAUAUGAUCAAAAACUUAUGAUGUGGUGUAAAGAAGAAACAUUAGAAAAUGGUAAAAAACUAACUGAAGUUAUUAAUGAACAACAUGAAAAUAUUAAAUAUUUACCGCAUGAAAGAAUUCCUGAUAAUGUUGUUGCUGAACCGGAUCUUUGUGCAUCAGUUAAAGAUGCUGAUAUACUUAUAUUUGUUAUACCUCAUCAAUUUGUUAAAAAGACUUGCGCACAAUUAAAAAAUAAAAUAAAACCUACUGCUUUUGCUGUAACAUUAAUUAAAGGAUUUUAUCUUGAUGAAGAAACCAAAGAACUUUUAUUAGUUUCACAAGUAAUUAAAAAAACAUUAAACAUUCAUUGUCUUUGUCUAAUGGGAGCUAAUAUUGCUCAUGAAGUAGCUGAAAAAGUUUUUUGUGAAGCAACAGUCGGUUCACGUGAUGAUAAUCAUAGUGAAAUCGUUCGAGAAUUGAUCGAUACACCUAAUUUUCGUUUACGUUUUUAUCCUGAUAUUGAAAUAAUUGAAAUUCUUGGCGGUUUAAAGAAUGUCAUAGCUAUGUGUGCUGGUUUCGCCGAUGGUUUAAAUGUUGGUUUUAAUACUCGAGCUGCUGUACUUCGAUUAGGUUUUCGAGAAAUGAUCAAUUUUUGUCGUUUACAUGAAAAAGAAUCUACAGCAGAAGUUUAUUUAGAAUCAUGUGGUUUUGCUGAUUUAAUUGCAUCAUCAUUAGGUGGAAGAAAUUAUAAUGGAGCAAAAAAAUUAGCUGAAACAAAUAAAUCAUUAAAAGAAAUUGAAAAAGAAGAUCUUAAUGGACAAUCAUUACAAGGUCCUGGAACUGCUAAAGAAGUUUAUCGUCUACUUGAAGAAAAAAAUUUAUUAGAUCAAUUUCCUAUAUUUCGCGAUGCUUAUCUUAUUUGUGAACAAAAAAUUGAACCAAAAAAAAUAAUAGAAAAUUUACCUAAUCAUCCAGAAUUUAAUCAAAAAUAG